GGGGCCGCACGUGAGGCGCCAGGGGGAGCCGCUUCCGCCCGCUUUCCAUCACGUGAUGGAAAGUGAUCCUUACGGCAGCCCGAUGGGGUCAGCCCGCCCGGUGGCGGCGCCUCACCUGAAGGGUGCUUGAGGGCGCGUUACGCCGCUGAACGCUCCCCCGUCCGCCGGAGGCAGCGCAGGAGUACGGCAGCAGCGGCCCGGCCGGGGCAACAGGCGGGCCGGGCAGGGCUGAGCGCGUUACGCUGCGUCUGGGGUCCUGGAUCCACGGCCGUCUCACCGCGCUGUGUUCUCCAGCGUUUCCGGUGUGUUUCUGUUAAGGAAAAAAGUGUCUUCUGAAAUCUGCCUAAUGGCUGUGACAGAAAGCAGUGGAUGGUUACGUUCCUGUUGAACGGCUGGGCGUUUGUUAACGAGCCCGGUUUGAAGUUCUGCUGCCGAAAUGUCACUGUUUGUGGUUUUGCUGUUCUCUUGUGGGGAGAAAAAAAAUAAAUAGGUUAAAAACUGAAAUCGACUUGACAGAAAAAAAAAGUCAGUGUUGAUAAGCAGGAUGAGCGGGGCUGCGUUCCCAUCACCAGCUGCUGAGAUGGCAGAAAUCAAUCGCCUUCAGUAUGAGAUGGAGUACACCGAAGGGAUCAGUCAGCGCAUGAGGGUCCCAGAGAAACUCAAAGUGGCUCCUCAGAACGCUGACCUUGAGAAGAGCAUCCCAGAAGGAUUUCCAAAUGCCAGUGUAACUAUGCAGGUUCCAGAGCGGAUUGUAGUGGCAGGUAAUAGUGAAGACAUUCCACUUUCCAGGCCUCCAGACCUCGACCUUCUUCAGUCUACUCCAUUCAAACCACUGGCGUUGAAAACUCCUCCCCGUGUUAUUUCUCUUAGUGAUCGACCACUAGAUUUUUUGGACUUAGAAAAACCUCCACAACAGACCCCUCAAAAUGAAGAGGUUCGUUCAGUGGGAAGACUGAAGAGAGAACGUUCCAUGAGUGAAAAUGCUACUCGACAGAAUGGCCAGCUGGCCAGAAAUGAUUCCAUGUGGCACAGAUCAGAUACUGUCCCAAGAAAUAAAAUGCCACGGUUCCAGUCACCUCUUUCGACUAAGGAUUGCACUGUGACACCAUCAGUGCAACAGGCUCGUGUCUGUCCUCCCAAUAUGUUGCCUGAAGACGGAACUAAUCUUUACUCUGCUCGUGGCAUUUUAUCGUUUAUCCAGUCUUCCACACGUAGGGCUUACCAGCAGGUCUUGGAUGUGCUGGAUGAAAAUCGCAGCUUGGACAAGGACAAUAGGCCAGUGUUACGUGGUGGGUCAGCUGCUACCACUUCCUCUAACCCUCAUCAUGACAACACCAGGUACGGUCUUUCCAACAUGGAUACCACACUUGAAGGAACACCGGACGACAUGACUGUUGUAGAUGCUGCUUCCUUAAGAAGGCAGAUAAUCAAACUUAAUCGGCGUCUCCAGCUUCUGGAAGAAGAAAAUAAAGAGCGUGCUAAAAGGGAGAUGAUCAUGUAUUCAAUUACUGUAGCUUUCUGGCUACUCAACAGCUGGCUUUGGUUUCGGCGCUAGACACAGCUCGGAAAGAUUUAGUCGAUCAAAAUACCAUCAAAAUUUGCAAAACUCUGUUUCUGAAUUGUAUGCUGUUUUAUAAUUCAUACACUGGAAACUUCCACCACAGAAAAAAAAGCCUAUAGAAUUGCAGUGUUAAAGGGACACCUUGUUGUUCAGUUAUGCUGUAUUUAAUAGAUUUGCAUUGUGAAUACUUGCAGUAUCCUCCUUUGCAUGCUUCAAUGUAAAUACGGAUCAGCUGAUUUUGAAAUGAAGCUUGCUUUGUGCAAUGUAAGGAGAGUGUCUGACAGGAAUAAUCACUGGAUUUUUUUGUUGUGAUUGGGAGAGAACAAAUCAAAUUGGGUUUGGGGAAAAAAUAUCAACACAAAGUAAUGAAAUCUAGGUUUUAUUGAUCUGUUGUUAGAUGCAAGUGAACAUCAUUGCACUAGUUCUCCUUCAGUCUAACUUGUAUCAGAGGUGUGCCAUAUUCAAGGAAUGUGUCCUGUUUCAUGAGUAUGUUCCUAGUUUAAGGCUGUGUUCAGGUCAGAUAAUAAAAGGUCUUUGCUAACAUGCA